AUGAGCUUCCUCAGAUGGAUUAGGACUGCCAUUUCGCCUGCUGAGCCUUGUGCAACGGUGUCUCAAUACAGCAGUACGACUUCAACCCACUCAUCCACGCCGGAUGCAAACACGAACGAAAUUAGCCCCGAUCAGUGUAGCGCGAAGCUCGACUCUCCCCGAAGCAUAGAUAAUCAAGAUGUUGCUGAUUCAGAACAGCACAUAAGUAAAGAUAUUACCGAUCAACCUGCUUCGGAGCCCAAGCGCGUCCAAAGUCCAAAUUUUCAACUUAUGAACAGAGAGUAUAUAACUCGAAAUGAUCCGAUCCGCGUACCGAAAACAACAACCCUUCUUUUCAUGACAAAUUUGGCCGCAUUGUACUGGCAGGAAAGCAAGAAGGUGGUAAUGACGGCUAUGUUAUCGGGUGUGCGCCGGGACAUAAUUGUGGCAAAUCUUCAGGGGUUUGAGGAAGAAAUGAAAUACUAUCGAGCGAUCAAUAUGACAAAGAAAGAUGUAGAGGAGCAGAGCCGAGAAUUUUCAGAAUUUGCCAAAAUGACCUUUUACUCACGACAAACGAUGAAAUCAGUGGAAAAAAGGCUCGGAGGGACAUCUGAGCGAAAAGUGGCUAUCCGGAAUUACUUCUACAGCCAACCUGACUACUUGAAGAAAAACGAAUUCAAUAGAAAAUUUGCUAGAUGCUUUAUUCUGGGACAAAAAGAGCGGGAAGUUUGCCGAGCCUUGAAUGCUGAAAUAAUCGCACGCCGCAUCAAGUAUGACAACCCGUGUGACCGUCAGAGGAUAAGUGGAGAUCCUGAGCUUUUGUCCAGGGAUAUCAUACUGGCCCUGAAGGUACUAAAGAGCAGAAAGACUAUCAAAACACCUCGAUGCACUUUGUCAUUUAUGAGAUGCUUUGGUGUUAGUAUGAUGCCAUGUGGCUUGCUUGGCCGUUGUAAUGGCGGGGAGAUCCGCACUGAAUCAAGUGUCUUCACAGAUGAGUCCUCGAACAAGAGCACCCUCUCUGUUACCAUGGAUGAGCCAGCUAUCGAUACCAGCCAUGCACUGUCAUUCAUUGAGCCUUUUACCAGAGCCAAAAGCACGACCAUUGACUCAGACAGUGAUGGAGAGAUCUUAACAAUUGCGAAACCAAUAUCACAGAAGCGUCAAUCUAUCAUCAAGGAGACUCCGGUAGGAAAGAAAGCGGAAAAAAGAUACGAGUUAAGAAGAAAACGGAUACUGGCUAGGAAUAAAAUCGAAAAAGAAGGUGCCAAUCGAAGAGAAAGUGGAAGCGAGAGUGAGAAUGAGGGUGUUAUUGUGGUUGAAGAUAAGAGAGUCAUCAAAACUAAAGAUGGCAGCGGGGAUGAGGAUGAGAAUGAGAGUGUCAUCAAGAUUGAGGAUGACAGGGGAGGACAAAAGGAGAGACCGAUCAAGAUUGAAGAUGACAGUGAGAGAGAAAAGGAGAUUCACAACAAAAUCGAAGGAGAGUGUGAUGACUCUGAGUCCAGUGUGGAUGAGGAUCUGUAUAAAGCCAAGCUGGAACUCUUAAGCAAAGUCUCUAACGAAUUAGGCUUACUCAACAGUAAGAAGAGAAAGACAAUUCUGGUAGCAAACGAGUCAAAACAGAGUGAUUUGGAUAGGAAACUGGGUGGAAGAUGCUGA